AUGAAUAGGCCGAAAAGUGAUGGCAUGACCUUCACGAAGGAGCCUUACAUCGAGGACACAGGAGCACGCAAAAUAGCUGGUAUUUCAUUUUCCACGCUAUCUGAAACAGAAAUCAUGAAAAUUGGUGAAGUUCAAGUGUGGCACGCUGAUUACUAUGAUGCUUUUAAAAAGCCUGUUCCUGGUGGCUUGUUGGAUUCCCGCAUGGGCGCUGCUAAUAAGAGUCUUUCCUGUGCAACAUGCCACGGGCUAUAUGCUGACUGUCAAGGGCACUACGGAUACUUACCACUUGCCCGACCUGUUUUCAAUGUUGGAUUCUUAAGUACAAUUGUGAAAAUACUCAAGUGCAUUUGUAAGCAUUGUGCUCGUGUUCUCCUUGAUGAAGAUUCUCGUAAAAAGAGUUUGAUGAAAAUGAGAAACCCCAAAUUGGAUGGGCUGCAAAAGAUGCAAUUGCUUGAAUCUAUAAUGAAAAAAUAUAAAAGUGUUAAAGCCAUAGCGUGCCCAAGAUGUGGAUAUAUCAAUGGUUCAGUAAAGCACAAUAAGUCUACCCUGAGCAUUAUUCAUGACUGCGACAAUGAAGUUGUUGCAGAGCUCCAAUCAGCUCUUUCUGAUGUAAACAAUUAUAGGGCAAGCAGUGACUUGACUUCUCGAGUUCUUGACCCUCUCAGGGUCCAUUCCUUGUUUAAAAAGAUGCAUGUUGAGGACUGCGACCUACUUUAUAUUGAAAAACCAGAGAAGCUCAUAAUAACAAACAUUGCUGUGCCACCGAUAGUUAUUCGACCUUCAGUCAUAAUGGAUGGAGUAAGCAAUGAAAAUGACAUAACAGUGAAGCUAAAGGAAAUAAUCAAGGUAAAUGCUUGUUUGGGCCAAGAAUCGGGAGAAUCAUCCAAAUUUCAGGAAAAUUGGCUUAUGCUUCAGUUCCAUGUUGCUCAAUACAUAAAUAGUGAUGUUAAAGGUGGGUCAAUCUAUAAUCAACCGAGCAAGCCUUUAACCGGUUUUAUUCAACGCAUUAAAGGGAAGCAGGGACGUUUCCGUAGCAAUUUGUCUGGAAAACGGGCUGAAUAUACUGGCAGGACAGUUAUUUCACCCGAUCCUAAUCUAAAGAUUACCGAGGUUGCAAUACCAAUCCAUAUGGCUCGCAUUUUGACUUAUCCCGAACGUGUUACACAUCACAACAUAGAGAAGUUGAGACAAUGUAUGAGAAAUGGUCCUGAUAAGUAUCCAGGUGCAAGGCUUCUUAAAAAAUCCGGUGGUACCUCAUGGAAUUUAAAACUUUCUUCUAGGAAGCGCCUUGCCGAUGAGCUGAAAUUUGGUGAUAUUGUUGAUCGCCAUUUAGAAGAUGGAGACAUUGUUCUUUUCAACAGGCAGCCAAGCUUGCAUCGGAUGUCUAUGAUGUCUCAUAGGGCAAGGAUUAUGCCAUGGCGAACUUUGAGAUUUAAUGAAUCAGUAUGUAAUCCAUAUAAUGCCGAUUUUGAUGGUGAUGAGAUGAACCUACACGUUCCACAGACUGAGGAGGCUCGAACAGAGGCUCUUUUAUUGAUGACGGUGCAAAACAAUUUGUGUACCCCAAAAAAUGGGGAAAUUCUAGUUGCCUCUACACAAGACUUCUUAACCUCUUCCUUUCUGAUAACUAGGAAAGAUACUUUUUAUGAUCGUUCAGCAUUUUCACUUAUCUGUUCAUACAUGGGGGACGGCAUGGAUCUUAUUGAUUUGCCAACUCCUGCAAUUAUUAAGCCCGUUGAACUCUGGAGUGGUAAGCAGUUAUUUAGCAUUUUAUUGCGCCCACAUGCAAAUGUGAGGGUGUAUGUGAACCUCACCGUAAAGGAGAAAAUAUACAACGCAAAGAAGCGUGAUGACAGGAAUAGAGAAUUGAAAACAAUGUGCCUGAAUGAUGGAUUUGUUUACUUUCGCAAUAGUGAGUUAAUCUCCGGGCAAAUUGGAAAGGUGACUUUAGGAAAUGGCAACAAGGAUGGGCUUUUUUCUGUGUUACUAAGAGACUAUAAAUCUGAUGCUGCUGCUUCUUGCAUGAAUCGUCUUGCUAAAUUAAGUGCUCGGUGGAUAGGUAACCAUGGGUUCUCCAUAGGCAUCGAAGACGUCCAACCUAAAGUGAUACUGAUCCACCGGAAGAAUGAAACGAUUGACAAGGGUUAUGAUGUCUGUGAUCGUUUCAUAGAAGAUUUCCAUAAAGGAAAGCUAAAACUCGCAGCUGGUUGUGAUGCUGCUCAAACAUUAGAGUCUAGUAUAUUUGGUACAUUAAAUAAUUUACGUGACGCAACAGCACAGGUUUGCAUGCAAACAUUACACUGGAGAAAUAGUCCACUGAUCAUGUCACAGUGUGGCUCCAAAGGAUCUCCUAGCAAUAUCUGUCAAAUGGUUGCCUGUGUUGGUCAACAGUCAGUUGGAGGUUGUCGUGCUGCUAAUGGGUUCCUAGACCGGAGUCUUCCGCAUUUCCCUAAAAGAGCCCAAACCCCUGCUGCUAAAGGUUUUGUUCGUAAUUCCUUUUACUCUGGAUUGUCAGCUACUGAGUUUUUCUUCCAUACAAUGGCAGGGAGAGAAGGGCUCGUUGAUACAGCGGUCAAAACUGCAGACACUGGAUAUAUGUCUCGUAGAUUAAUGAAAGCUCUAGAGGACUUAUUUUUACAUUAUGAUUACACUGUAAGAGAUACCAAUGGUAGUAUUGUUCAGUUUUGUUAUGGAGAUGAUGGUAUGGAUCCAGCAGGCAUGGAAGGAGAAAAUGGAAAACCAUUAAAUUUUGAUCGGUUAUUUCUCAGAAGCAAGGCCAUAUGUCCCCCUGACGGAGAUCAUGUAAUCUUAUCUUCUUCAGAUGUGCGUAGAGUACUUCAAGAGAAGCUUUCUGAAGUUGGUAUGUCUAAUUCAGUGGAGAAGGAUGCUUCAGAUAUAAUGUCAGAGGUGGGCUUCUCUGCAGAUUUCAUUCAAUCUCUACAAUCCUUUGUCGAAAAAAAUACAUUAACAGAAAUUAUCACCGAGGGCGAUUCUACAAAUCUAAAGAACCUGAGUAACUUUAUUCCAAAAAUAUCUGGGAUCAGUCGCAGACAACUAGAGGUAUUUCUAGAUAUUUGUCUAUCACGUUAUCGUUUCAAAAAAAUUGAGGCGGGAACUCCAAUUGGUGCAAUUGGGGCUCAUAGUAUUGGAGAACCUGGGACUCAGAUGACUUUGAAAACUUUUCACUUUGCUGGGGUUGCAAGCAUGAAUGUUACUCUUGGAGUUCCUCGCAUCAUAGAAAUUAUAAAUGGAGCACCAAAUAUUAAGACACCGAUCAUCACUGCUAUACUUGAGAGGGAUGAUAAUGCAAAUAUUGCAAAGGUGGUGAAAGGCCGCAUAGAAAAAACAAAUUUAGGCCAGGUUGCAAAGAGCAUUCAAGUUGUUUACACUUCAAGAUCAGCGGCAAUUUUAAUCUCGCUGGACAUGAAAAUUAUCGAAGAUGCUCAUCUGAAUAUAGAUGCUAAUACUGUAAAACAAUCAAUUUUGCAAUCUGGGCUGAAGUUGAAGUCAGAGAAUAUUAAGGUUUUGGAUAUGAAAAAGCUUCAAGUGGAUCCUCGUGUUGCUAGCCGUAGUGAAAUCCUUUUUCAACUUAACAAUCUCAAAAAUUUGCUUCCAUUAGUAGUAGUGAAGGGAGUUAAAACUGUCGAAAGAGCUGUGCUAGAAAUAAAAAAAGAAAAAAAACCUGAGACUUACAAUUUACUGGUUGAAGGCAAGGGCCUUAAAGAGGUAAUGGGAAUUGAAGGGGUUAAUGGACAUAGAACCGUUAGCAAUCAUAUCAUUGAAAUGAUGAACAUUCUGGGAAUUGAAGCUGCCAGAUAUUGCAUCAUUGAACAGAUACAGUAUACAAUGAAAAGUCAUGGAAUGAGUAUAGACGUACGCCAUAUUAUGCUUCUAGCAGAUAUGAUGACUGUCAGGGGUCAAGUCCUUGGAAUGACAAGACAUGGAAUUCAGAAGAUGGGCAGAAGUUCACUGAUGCUCGCAUCAUUUGAGAGUUCAACUGAUUAUCUUUUCGACGCAGCCUUGCGUGGGAAGGGUGAUCCAAUUGAUGGAGUGAGUGAUUGUAUAAUCAUGGGUAAACCAAUUCAUAUAGGCACCGGAAUGAUCGAGGUCCAACAAAGGUUGGAGCCUUCUGUGUUGCCCCGGGGAGCUAAUCCGAUUCUAUCUGGAGUAUAA